UUGUAGAUGACUAAGGCCGUGUUCGCGCUGGGCUCUGCUGCAGCUAAAUCGUGAUUAUCCGCCUCAGCAAAAAACAAACACGGAUUUUGAGCGCGUAGCAUAAUCCUACUUAGGCCGUGUCGUGUUCACGCGAACGAUUUUGUAUGUUUGGAUAUUUUUCUUCUCUCCAUAGUGACAUUAGCUUUCCGCGUUGACAAGCAAUAUGCUGCUGCUCCUCAUGAUCAUCGCGUUGCUGCGGCUGCAUCACUUGCGGCAGCAGUCGCGCAAAGAUAAGCACGAGCAGGUCAUGAGGCUACUGGGGCUUACAACGGUGACCGGCCAGCGCUUCUUCGAUGCGAUCUUCGAGUCACAGAACAGGUCGCUAUUCAGGGACUACUUUCGCAUGGAUCAGGAAGCGUUUGGCGCCCUCUUUCAGGCCUGCCAGUCACACAUUAGGAGUUCUCUCGGCAGCCAGCGUGAAGUUCUCGCCGUCGCAUUGAAUUGGCUUGAGACUGCGGCAACGUGUCGAUCUCAAGAAGUGCUUUUCGAUCUCGCGUUCUCAAGGUGCACAAGUACCGUAUUCAUGGAGUUUACGCAAUUGUACGACCCCCUCGGCUUCCCCUUCUUCGUCUUCUUUGCCUACCUCAUCGUCAUGGCUCCUGGGUGGCGCCGACACAGCAGCGCUGUCGCUUUCGCUUCCGUGGUCAGUGUUGCCGCUGUUGGGCGUGGCCUUUGGCUUCUUUCCAGGCCGACGACAGGAAGCCUUCGCCAUCUUGGCCACCUUGAUUUGCUGCUUAGAAAGCAUUGAAAGCAAGAGCGACGAUUUUCUGUGCUUCUAAUGCGUGGGGGAACUACUCGAAAUAGCGACACUGUGUCACUCAACGAGCAGAUUACCUGCAGAAAACAGGUCCACAUCUGCUUAACGAAUUGAGCGUCUAAACGCGAUUAUGCUGUUCUUAAAGAGGAUAAUAGGAUUUUGAUUCGGUCGUGUUCGUGGUCGUGAUUAUCGCCCAAAACCAGAUUAUGGCCCUCAAAAUCCGAUUUUGAGGCCAUCGCGAACAAGGUCUUAGGAUCUGCAGAUACUCUAAAAGUAGCUCCGUUGCCUUGACGAUCUAAAAUGUGUUGAGAUC